CAUCACCAACAUCCACAAUGGCCACCUCUUUCUUCAACUUAUCCAAACUCCAAACCCAACAAAAGAUCCCGACAGGUUUCGUAUGGCCGGAAGAUGACGUCAUCCCUUCCGAGGCUGACCUCAACCUCCCAGUGAUCGACCUCUCCGGGUUCUUGGCCGGCGACGAGGCCGCAACUCAGGCAGCUGCGGCCAUGGUCAGGGCGGCCUGCGAGGAGUUCGGGGCGUUCCAGGUGGUUAACCACGGCGUCGACUGGGACUUAGCCGAGGCGGCCAAGAUUCUGGCGGAUCGGUUCUUUGGGCUUCCGACGGACGUGAAGCUAAGGGCUAAGAAGCUUCCGGGGAAGAUCCCGGGAUUUUCUGGGGCCCAUGCCGAGAGAUUCUCGACAACGCUCCCGUGGAAAGAGAUGAUCACUUUUGUCUUCUCCGAGGGCUCCACUCCGGUCGUCGAGGAAUUUGUUAGAUCGACACUUGGAAAAGAUUACGAGGAGAUAGGAAAAGGGUACCAGAAGUAUUGCGAGGCAGUGAACGGUCUAUGCCUAGAGUUGUCGGAGCUUCUAGGGAUAAGUCUAGGCCUUGAGGACCGGAAAUACUACCGGAAAUUCUUCGAAGGCGGUCAGUCCAUGAUGAGGUGCAACUAUUACCUGCCGUGUAAUGAGCCCGAUCGAACUCUAGGAACCGGCCCUCACUGCGACCCGACUAGUCUCACCGUUCUCCUACAGGACCACGUCGCUGGACUCGACGUCUUUUCCAAGGGAAAGUGGUGGUCCGUCCCCCCUUACCCCAAAGCAUUCGUGAUCAACAUCGGUGACACAUUCACGGCACUAUCGAAUGGAAAGUACCAGAGCUGCCUACAUAGGGCGGUGGUAAACAAAGAUGAGAGGAGAAGAUCGUUCGCGUACUUCCUUUGUCCGAGGGACGACAAGCUCCUCCUGCCACCAAAGGAACUUGUCUCUGGUGAUUCUGAUGAAGAAGUUUCCAGAAGGUAUCCGGACUUCACGUGGUCUGACCUCUACAAGUUCACUCAAAGCGGCUACCGAGCCGACGGCUCAACCCUCGAAAACUUUGUCACCUGGUUCACUACUGCUUCGGCUUAAAAUCAGGUUCAGAUUUGCGCAUAGAUGUUAUGCAUGUGUCUUUUUUGUUUUCGUUACUAUAAGAAUAAGACAAUGUGGGUUUUUUUUAA